AUGAAACGCGGAGCCGGCGUGAUGGGCGUCAGGAAUGUUCGCCAUCCCAUCCGUCUUGCACGCGAGUCACUUCUACGCACAGGGUACAGCGUUGACGGCCAGCCCAUACGGGAUGGAGGAGGUAGUAUGCAUUCACAGCUUGCGGGACCACAUGUGGAGACAUUGGCCCGCGACUGGGGACUUGAGUUCAAGCCUGAUGAGUGGUUCUGGACGCAGCGACGUUGGGACGAGCAUCGGCGUGGAUUGGAGGGGUUGGAGCAGCCGGUCAAUUUGAGCCAGGGCACUGUGGGAUGUGUUUGUCUAGAUCAGUGGGGGAAUUUGGCCGUUGCGACGAGUACCGGUGGUUUGACUAAUAAGUUACCAGGUCGGAUUGGGGAUACGCCGACUCUGGGUGCUGGUUUCUGGGCAGAAGCUUGGGAUGAGGUGGUUGAGGAUGAAGCUCUUGAUACUAUUUCAUCCAGUUCCUCGCUUACCGAUAUCUUUGAAGAGGCGAGAAGCUGGUUAGGUGACUGCCUCCCUUCAUCUCUUCGCGGGGUCACUUCGCCAGCCACGCAUAACACACCGCACCGACUUGGUUCGGGCUCUGAGAAGCAGUCGCUACUUCAACAAAUGUCAUCUCAGCCCCGAACAAGGAAGCGGGCAAUUGCUGUGUCUGGCACGGGCAAUGGAGAUUCGUUCUUACGCGUAGCGGCUGCGCGCACCACAGCCGCGAUGCUACGCUUCUCAACGCCAGGUCGAUUUCCAGAUUCGCUCGCCAAUGCUAUUUCUGCGGUUGCUGGGCCGAAUGGGGAGCUCCAACGCUCGGCUGGCCCACGCUGGGAAGUCACCGGGGAGGGAGAAGGGGGUAUUAUCGGUAUUGAGGCAGAUCUGAUUGCUGGGGGUGGUGAUGGAUUACUACGACGUGGAAAGGUCGUAUUUGAUUUCAAUUGCACUGGAAUGUGGCGUGCAUAUAUCGAAGAAGAUGCUUCUGGGAGAGAAGUUGAGAAGAUCAUGGUUUUCCGAGAUGAAUACUACUAG